UCCUGCCGCAGCCCCCUACCGCCGGGUCAGCCCCGAAGAGUUGCCCGGUGGCCACGGCAGACGGAAGCCGAGCGAGAGUCUCGGCGGUGGCGGCAGGAUGGGAGACUCCAAAGUGAAAGUGGCCGUCCGGAUCCGGCCCAUGAACCGAAGAGAAAUUGACUUGCAUACCAAAUGUGUGGUGGAUGUAGAUGCAAACAAGGUUAUUCUUAAUCCUGUAAAUACUAAUCUUUCCAAAGGAGAUGCCCGAAGCCAGCCAAAGGUGUUUGCAUACGAUCAUUGUUUCUGGUCUAUGGAUGAAUCUGUCAGAGAAAAGUAUGCAGGUCAAGAUGAUGUUUUUAAGUGCCUUGGAGAGAAUAUUCUUCAAAAUGCUUUUGAUGGCUACAAUGCAUGUAUCUUUGCCUACGGACAGACUGGAUCUGGAAAAUCUUAUACCAUGAUGGGCACAGCUGACCAACCUGGAUUAAUUCCAAGACUUUGCAGUGGACUCUUUGAACGAACUCAGAAAGAGGAAAAUGAAGAGCAGAGUUUUAAAGUAGAAGUGUCCUAUAUGGAAAUUUAUAAUGAAAAAGUCAGAGACCUUCUUGAUCCCAAAGGAAGCCGUCAAACGUUAAAAGUCAGAGAGCACAGUGUGUUGGGACCCUAUGUCGACGGACUUUCUAAACUGGCUGUCGCAAGCUAUAAGGAUAUUGAGUCUUUGAUGUCUGAGGGUAAUAAAUCUCGUACAGUUGCUGCAACCAACAUGAAUGAGGAGAGUAGUCGAUCCCAUGCGGUCUUCAAGAUCACCCUCACACAUACUUUGUAUGAUGUGAAGUCUGGGACAUCUGGAGAGAAAGUGGGCAAACUGAGCUUGGUGGAUUUAGCUGGCAGUGAGCGGGCAACAAAAACCGGAGCUGCUGGUGACAGGUUGAAGGAGGGAAGCAACAUUAACAAGUCCCUCACAACCCUUGGUCUGGUUAUCUCAGCCCUAGCAGAUCAGAGUGCUGGCAAAACCAAGAAUAAAUUUGUCCCGUAUCGUGACUCAGUUCUCACUUGGCUGCUCAAAGACAGUCUUGGGGGCAACAGUAAGACAGCCAUGGUAGCUACUGUGAGUCCAGCAGCUGAUAACUAUGACGAAACCCUUUCAACUCUGCGGUAUGCAGACCGCGCCAAGCACAUCGUGAACCACGCUGUGGUGAAUGAGGAUCCUAACGCACGAAUCAUCCGAGAUUUAAGAGAAGAAGUAGAAAAACUCCGAGAGCAGCUAACCAAAGCAGAGGCAAUGAAGUCUCCAGAGCUAAAAGAACGGCUGGAAGAAUCAGAGAAGCUAAUCCAGGAAAUGACUGUGACCUGGGAGGAGAAAUUAAGGACAACCGAGGAGAUCGCCCAGGAGCGACAGAAACAACUUGAAAGUCUUGGAAUAUCCCUUCAAUCUUCUGGAAUUAAAGUCGGGGAUGAUAAAUGUUUCCUUGUUAAUCUGAAUGCUGAUCCUGCUUUGAAUGAACUUCUGGUUUACUAUUUAAAGGAGCAUACAUUGAUAGGUUCGGCAAAUUCCCAAGAUAUCCAGCUGUGUGGCAUGGGAAUUCUUCCUGAACACUGUAUUAUAGACAUCACGCCAGAAGGCCAGGUUAUCCUGACUCCUCAAAGGAACACCAGAACAUUUGUAAAUGGCUCUUCUGUGUCCAGUGCUAUACAGCUACACCAUGGGGACAGGAUAUUAUGGGGAAACAACCACUUCUUCAGAUUGAAUUUGCCUAAAAGGAAAAAGAAAGUAGAUCGAGAGGACGAGGAACAAGAUACCUCCAUGAAGAAUGAUACCAGUUCUGAGCAGCUGGAUGUAGACGGAGAUUCCUCCAGCGAGGUAUCCAGUGAAAUCAACUUCAACUAUGAAUAUGCACAGAUGGAGGUUACCAUGAAGGCUCUGGCUAAUAAUGAUCCAAUGCAGUCAAUAUUGAACAGCGUAGAACAACAGCACGAAGAAGAAAAACGAUCCGCAUUAGAGCGCCAGAGACUUAUGUAUGAGCAUGAAUUGGAGCAGCUACGAAGAAGGCUGUCUCCGGAGAAACAAAACUGUCGCAGCUCGGACAGGUUUUCUUUCCAGUCCCCCAGCGCUCAGCAGCGAUUGAGACAGUGGGCCGAAGAGAGAGAAGCAACACUGAAUAACAGCCUGAUGAGGCUAAGGGAACAAAUUGUUAAAGCCAAUCUGUUGGUGAGAGAAGCUAAUUACAUUGCAGAAGAACUGGAUAAAAGAACAGAAUAUAAAGUAACCCUACAGAUUCUAGCCUCCAGCCUCGAUGCCAACAGGAAGCGAGGCUCUCUUCUUAGUGAACCUGCAAUCCAGGUAAGAAGAAAAGGAAAAGGAAAGCAGACUUGGUCCUUGGAAAAAUUGGACAACAGGUUGUUGGAUAUGAGAGACCUUUAUCAGGAGUGGAAGGAGUGUGAAGAAGAUACACCAGUAAUACGGUCUUACUUCAAGCGUGCCGAUCCAUUCUAUGAUGAGCAGGAAAAUCAUAGUCUCAUUGGGGUGGCAAAUGUCUUCCUCGAGUCCCUCUUCUAUGAUGUGAAGUUACAAUAUGCUGUUCCAAUUGUCAACCAGAAAGGAGAGGUGGCAGGUCGGCUGCAUGUCGAGGUGAUGCGGAUCAGUGGCGACAUUGCGGAAAGGAUUGCCGGAGGAGAUGACGCUGCAGAUACCUCCUUUGAUAAGGAGACCCAUGAGAACAAACUCACAUGCAUGGUUAAAAUACUCCAAGCCACUGGGUUGCCACAGCAUCUGUCCCACUUUGUAUUCUGCAAAUACAACUUCUGGGAUCAACAGGAUCCAGUAAUGGUCGCACCGGAAGUGGACACCUCAUCCUCUCCUGUCAGCAAGCAGCCUCAGUGCAUGGUUGUCUUUGAUCAUUGCAAAGAGUUUUCUGUUAACAUUACUGAAGACUUUCUUGAGCACCUUUCAGAAGGGGCACUGGCAAUUGAAAUAUAUGGCCAUAAGAUGACCGAUCCACCGAAAAACCCAGCCCUGUGGGAUUUGGGGAUUAUUCAAGCAAAAACACGUAGUCUUCGGGACAGAUGGAGUGAAGUCACCAGGAAAAUGGAAUUCUGGGUUCAAAUCUUGGAACAGAACGAGAAUGGUGAAUACUGCCCCGUAGAAGUAAUUUCUGCAAAGGACGUGCCUACAGGAGGAAUCUUCCAACUCCGGCAGGGGCAGUCCCGGCGAGUACAAGUGGAAGUGAAGACUGUGCAGGAGUCUGGGACGUUACCACUGAUGGAAGAAAGUAUAUUGUCUGUUGGCAUUGGGUGUGUGAAAGUUAGAGCACUCAGAUCCCCGAAGACGCAUGAGACCUUCCAUGAGGAAGAGGAAGACAUGGAUAGCUACCAGGAUCGGGAUUUAGAGAGACUACGUAGAAAAUGGCUAAAUGCGUUAACAAAACGUCAGGAGUACUUAGAUCAACAACUGCAGAAGCUUGUUAGUAAACAUGACAAAACAGAGGAUGAUGCUGACCGUGAAGCUCAGCUUCUAGAGAUGAGGUUGACUCUAACUGAGGAGAGGAAUGCGGUUAUGGUCCCCUCCGCCGGCAGUGGGAUUCCAGGGGCCCCAGCAGAAUGGACCCCAGUUCCUGGGAUGGAAACACACAUUCCUGUUAUAUUCCUUGACUUAAAUGCGGAUGAUUUCAGCUCUCAGGAUAAUCUUGAUGACCCAGAACCUGGUGGAUGGGAUGCUACCCUUACUGAAGAAGAGGAGGACAAGUUCUUUGAACUGCAGAUUGUCAAACACCAUGAUAGAGAGGUGAAGGCGGAAGCUUCGUGGGACUCUGCAGUGCACAGUUGUCCUCAGCUCAGCAAAGGCACCCCUGCGGAUGAGCGAGUGUUUCUGAUUGUGCGGGUGACGGUCGGGCUCAGCCAUCCAGCUGACAUGCAGCUAGUGUUGCGCAAACGAAUCUGUGUCAAUGUGCAUGGCCGGCAGGGUUUUGCUCAGAGUCUCCUAAAAAAGAUGUCUCAUCGAAGUUCUAUUCCUGGCUGCGGAGUGACUUUUGAGAUUGUCUCCAAUAUCCCAGAGGAUGCCCAAGGAGUAGAGGAACGAGAAACAUUAGCGAGAAUGGCAGCUAAUGUGGAAAACACGGCUUCUGCUGACUCCGAGGCUUACAUUGAAAAAUACCUUCGAAGCGUGCUGGACGUGGAGAACCUGCUCACUCUGGAUCGCCUUCGCCAGGAAGUUGCGGUGAAGGAGCAGUUGACGGGCAAAGGGAAGCUAAGUAGGAGGAGUAUCAGCUCUCCCAGUGUGAACAGAUUGUCUGGCAGCCGACAAGAUCUCAUUCCUUCUUACAGUCUAGGCAGCAACAAGGCCCGGUGGGAAAGUCAACAGGAUGUAUCGCAAAUCGCAGUUUCCAGAGGAACCUCUCCGGAUGCAGCCCCAUCCCUCCCUGGUUGUCCCCAGAAUAACCAUUCUCCUGAUCCAGGACGUAGUAGCCAAGUGGCCUCCUACCUGACCCCAGUCAAAUCCUUCGUGCCACAGAUGCCCAAGCUGCUCAAGUCCCUCUUCCCUGUGCGCGACGAGAGAAGGGGCAAACAGCCAUCUCCCCUUGCACAUCAGCCGGUGCCCCGCAUCAUGGUGCAGCCUGCCCUUCCGGACCCCAGGACGACCAGGGUGGCGGAGGCUCCCCGAGAGAGCACGGGGGUGAGUGUGGCCCCCGACGUGACAGUGCCGACUGCCCCCGCGGUGAAGACCCACGACAAACCCACUGAGGUGCCUUCGCCGCAGUGCGCGGCCACCAACACCCAGGUCCCCGAAGUGCAGGACGGGCCACCCAGCCCCGUGAGCGAGGCCUCCAGCGGGUACUUCUCUCACAGUGUCUCCACCGCUACGCUGUCGGAGGCCUUGGCCCCUGGCCUGGAUGCUGCGGCCCAGGGGGGUGGGCAGACGCCCGGCUCGCCCCCUCCUGUCCCCUGCCGGGCCGGCCCGGAGACCGAGCCCCUGUUUCCGAGUGCUGCUCCCGGAGCUGACAGCGCCCUCCCUGCCUCUCCGGAGGGACAGACCCGCCUUCUGUCACCACCUGUCCCAGCAGCGCAGACUCCAGGGAGUGACGGUGACAGUGGGGCCCCCGCCCAGGGAGCAGCGUCCUCAGAGCAGCAGCAUGAAGCAGGCACUUCGCCAGCUCCUCUGCCCCCUUCCGCCCCCCAGGAGUCUCCCAGCCCGCAGAGCGGGGGCGACGGUUCCCCCGCCACCAAGCCGCUAGGAGGACUCAGGGACCAGGCCCGGCCAGCCACCAGCGCAGAGCCGGCGGUCUCCAAACCACAGCUGGCGCCUGACCUCCUGUCCCAGUCACCUGCCCCAGCCUCCCCGUUCAGAAUCCGCAAGGUGCGGACCUCGGAGCUGAAGUCCUUCACGCGCAUGCUGGGCGGGGACCCCGGCUGCCCCAGCGAGGAGGACCCACCGGCCGCGGGAGGGCCUGGCGAUGGCAGCUCUGGAGGUCAGACCCCGGAGAAGCUGGAAGUGUCCUCCGAUUCUGAGGAAGCCAGUGAAGUCCCAGAGUGGCUCCGCGAGGGAGAAUAUGUCACCGUGGGCGCCAACAAAGGGGGCGUCGUGAGAUACAUUGGGCCCACCGACUUCCAGGAGGGUACGUGGGUCGGAGUGGAGCUCGACUUACCCUCAGGUAAGAACGACGGCUCCAUCGGGGGGAAGCAGUACUUCAAGUGCAGCCCUGGCUACGGGCUGCUGGUGCGGCCGGCCCGCGUGCGCAGGGCGGUGGGCGCGGCCCGGCGGCGCAGCGCGGGGCUCCGGCUGCAGGGCGCCCCCGAACCCCGCCGGAGCAGCACCCUCUCCGGCUCCGCCACCAACCUGGCCUCCCUGACGGCGGCUUUGGCCAAGGCCGAGGGCACCGAGGGGCUGCGGGUGGACAGGAGCCCCAGGAACCCCGAGGACCGCAAGUCCUGGGCCAGCUGAGCCCGCGCCGUGGACUCUGACAGCGCGGACAGCCCGCCGGGAGCUGGAGCCGAGGCCGCCUCACCUCACACCCUUCCCCGGGGAGCAGGCAGUGAAGGCUUUUCCCACGAUGCAGGGCCGGUGGCCUCCGUUUCUCCCAGGACUCAGACGGAGGAGGAGGAGGGGGCCGUCCUCGGGGUGGCGGUGGGAGGUUCUAGUGCCCAGAGUGGCCCUGGCUUGUGGGGAGGGGCCGCCCUCGGUCCCCUGGUCGCGGGCUCUCCCCACCUGGGGCUGCUGCUGUUUUUCUGUUCUGGCAACACCAUUAACCUCUUAACUUAAAGAAUAACUAGUGCCUUUCCCUCUGCAGAGGCAGGGCCUCCCCCCUCCUGGUCCCCCCACCACCACCCCCCACCCCCGCAGACAUCCCCGCACCAAGUACCACCCGAGGUGCCUGGUCGCCUCCUGCGCUUCUGGGCCCAGGUCCCCGGCGACCCCGAGACGCCCACAGGGUUUCUUGGUCUCCUCUGUGGGUGUUUUAGCAUCUUUACACCUGGGAAGUUUUCUCUUUUCCACUUAUUCCCUUAACAGAGUGUCUGGAGUAUAUUUAUUUAUAUUUAUUUUUCAAAAUCCGAAAUGAUUCGCGAAUCACAAUCGACGGCCCAGGUGCGCGUGUCCGGGGCCUGCCCCGCGUGUCGGCCCCUCCUCACGUUCCGCUGACAAAGACACACAGUGGUCUUACUCCGGACCGGACCCGGAGAACUGCGUGCUGCUGCCUCGGCGACAGCGCCAGCCAGAGGCACCCCCACCGCAUUUGGUGCGAUUCUGGUUUCUGGGAAGGUCCCUGGACCAGUUUAACUUCGUGGCAGUUCUCUACCCCACUCCCUGCCUGCCUGCCAGCCUGGGCCUUCGGGGGGCGCUGCUCCGUCCCCGUGGCAGAGCCGCAGGCCUGGUCCUCGGAGGGGGAGCCCCGCGACCAGUGCUGGCCCCAGUGCGGACGGCUCACAGGCCUCGGGUCGGGUUUGACACGGCACUCCCGGCCGUCUGCUUCACGUGCAGACUCUAAAAACAACACCCAGAAAGCCUGUAUUUAAAAAACCCCGUUUUCUAGGGAUUUGAAGCCCCCCUGAGAAGUGCCCGGCUUCCUGCCCGGGUGGGCUGCUCAGAGCCCCGCCGGGACGCCCGCGGCUGCGCGCUCAGACCUCACGUGGAAGCGGCUGGGGGCUGAGGAGCCCUUACAGCUCCGCGUGGAGACGCUCAGCCUCCACCCUCCCCGCGGGCCGCCGCCCGGGAACCUGCGGGAGCGGCUGGGCUCAGGCCGCCCGCUCACCCUGGCUCCGCCGGCCCCGCAGACCUGGGGCGCCCAGAGCGGCCCCCGCCACGCGGCCCAGCAGGGGCCCGGGGGCCACCGCCCGCCCCUCAUGGAGCUUUAUUUCAGCCCAUAUUCCUAGUCCGGGCGCCGAAGGGACCGUCUCGCAGGGACCAGGCUGAAGCAGGGAAAGUUCGGUGACUUCCGUUUACAGAAGCUCCAGCUCCUGACCCCACCUGGGCUCUCGCUGUCCGGGAAGCAGACUGCCCGCCGCCAUCACCUUGGCCCCGCCCGGCUGGCCCAGGUUUUACUCAUUUAACCCCACGCUCCGCUCGGUAAACUUUUCACCAGGACCCGCGGCAGCUGCCCUCGGCGUCCUGUGCUGUCCCCUCGGCACCCUGGCCUGGGAGGUAGGUGUCUCUGUUUCUCUGGUCCCGGCAGCCAGACACGAGGGCACGGGGCCGCGGGGCCUUCCCAGCCUCCUCCCCACGGGGCGCCGCUGGCCUGCGGGCUCGCCCUCCCGCCUGCAGCUGGGCCCCUGGCCACUGAUGGAGGUGCCAGCACCCCCUCCCUUUCCCUGGGCGGAGACCACCGCUUGUGGGCCAACCGCCGCUGGCACCCAGCUCGCUGGGGGAGACGCUGGGAAUGGAAGGUGUGGGCGUUGGUGAGCCUCACCUACUGGGCCGAGUGCUGGCUGGGGCCCAUGGGCUCUGGAAUACGGAGCAGCCACCUUCCCCAGCCGCCUGGGAAGGUCCGCGGGGUGAGGGGCGCCCUGCUCUCUCUCGUUCGGUUUAAUUAAAACGGGAGAGACGUAGUGGAAUUGCCGGCUCGGUGGGGUUUGUUGGCUGAAGCUGUAACAGUGGAAGAGCCUUGAGUGGUCCAGUCAGGUCAGCCUGUCGCCCGAGGAGAUUCGGGACCGUCCCUUUCUCCCAAACCCAGUCUCCUGCCCCCAACUCCACCCUCCCGGAGGCAGUUUCCUUGCGGCCUGCGGGGUUCCCUGGCCUGGCCCUGGAUGAAGCGCGGGGACACUGAGCAGCUGACCAGAGCUGGCUGGGUUCACAGCUCUGGGUGUUGGUGGGGCGAGGGCUGGGGCCCACGUGGAAGGCAGGCGCCUCCUAGGGGAGAGCGCGUCCCAGCGAUCAGCUGGCCGCGGGUUAGAGCCCCCGUGUGGGGACGUCCUGGCCAUGCUAGGAGACGUCCCGUGGUGCCUUGGUGCGGGGGGUGGGCUCGCUGGCCCCCUGGCUACCCAUUGCUGUCAGAAACCAGCAUGUCCUGCUUGGGGCCAUGCUGAGGCCUCAUGGGGCAGGGUUUGGAGUCUUGGUCCCUGCAGGGCCAGUGCGCCAAUGGCUUGUGCAGGGAGCGCCAUCGGGUGUGGGCACCAUCGCUGUCCACCUCCUGGUGGCUUGCAGUGCGUGGUGAGGAGGCCUGCCCCCCCAGACUCGGUCUCACUCUUGUGCCUCAGUGCAGACUGAGGUGGCUUGUGACUGACAGUGUGUGCACUAGGUGCCACUAACACCAUAACCCAGACCGUCCCCACGGCCCAGCGGGCAUCGGGCUGAAGGUGUGGGCCUGAGGGUGGUGUGAGGACCAGAGCCCGAGGAGCGCCUUCGUCCGGCUUCUUUCUCGCCUUACUAAUAAGCAGGCCUAACUUUAAACAGCGUCAGCAUCAGGGUUUGAGACGCAAUUCCUAGCAGGUCCCUGGUGCUGGGAUUUAGUGUGACAGCAGGAGGGGAAGCUGGGGCCAGGUAAGGAUGUGUCAGCGUGGCCCUACGAGGCUGUGGGUGCCACACGAAUACCCCAGGCAGACACUGUGGGGACCUUCCUGGCCUCUGCUCCCCUCUGCACUGCCAGCCCUCAUCCCUCGGGGACCGAGGACAGUGGGGGCGGCGGCUGUCCUGAUGCCCAGCCUGGCCAGAGGGGGCAGGAGGGCAAGAAAACAGCUAGUAGUGUGACUGGGGCCAGCCAUGAGGGGCCUGCGUGUCUAGAGAGUGAGCGAGCUGUGAAUGGAAGCCUCGAAGAGUCCGAAAGGCUUCACGGUGUUCCGAUGCCCCACCUCCUUACGUUUCCUCCUCCCGCCUUAAAGUCCCGUUUGCGAAACUGACCGAAGUCCAUGGGUGUUUAUUUUCCUGGCCGAGGCCUGCCCUGGGCCGCCCCUCUCACAGUGCCUUCAGCCCCCAGGGCCGCCUCAGGCUGCCUGUCGUGCCUUAUUGUGGGGACCCGGUGCAGCCUCUAUUUUAUGCCCAAGACACUGACUUGACGGUCCCCACAUGCCUUUUUCCCUCCUCCAAGCCCAUCGUGCCUUCUGCCCAGCUGUCGGCAGCUUCCGUUGGGAGAGUCUUGGGCCCUCUCUGUGUGUGGACUUCUGUGAAUAUGAUGGGCUCACAUGUAAAGAAGGGAUUUGAUGGGAGAGUACAUUGAUUUGUUACACAUGAAAUGGAAGUUUAAGAAAACCCAAAGACUCUAUAAUAAAUUGUAAAGACGUGAUGGUUUGUAUUGUAUAAUGAACUAAGCCUCUGUAAUUUUGUACCAUACAUGCCUUUCCACCAUAGGAUCAGCUGCUUCUAAAUAAAAUUAAAUGAUUUCAUGC